CGGCGUGCGGCGCGGGCGCGGGGCAGGAAGUCCCGUGCGCCUGAGUCAGGGGCGGUCGGGCGGCCGCUGCCGGGAUCGGCGGGGAUGGCGUUGGAGACCCUGUCCCCGGACUGGGAGUUCGACCGCCUCGACGACGGCUCGCAGAAAAUUCAUGCUGAAGUGCAGUUGAAGAACUAUGGAAAAUUUCUUGAGGAAUAUACAUCUCAGCUGAAGAGAAUUGAAGAUGCUUUGGAUGACUCUGUUGGAGAUGUUUGGGACUUCAGUCUUGAUCCCAUUGCUUUAAAGCUUUUGCCAUAUGAACAGUCCUCCCUACUGGAGCUCAUAAAGACAGAAAACAAGGUUCUAAACAAAGUUAUAACAGUGUAUGCUGCUCUUUGCUGUGAAAUCAAGAAGUUAAAAUAUGAGGCAGAAACUAAAUUUUAUACUGGCCUGUUGUUUUAUGGAGAAGGAGCCACAGAUUCCAGCAUGGUGGAGGGAGAUUACCAAAUACAGAUGGGAAGAUUUGUUUCUUUCUUGCAGGAGCUGUCUUGCUUUGUUACCCGAUGUUAUGAAGUGGUGGUGAAUGUAGUGCAUCAGCUGGCUGUUCUGUAUACCAGCAACAAGAAUGCACCUAAAAUUAUAGAGACAUCUGGAGUUCAUUUUCAGGCAAUGUAUGAGCAUCUAGGAGAGUUGCUCACAAUCUUGAUCACUCUGGACGAAAUAAUUGACAAUCAUGCCACACUGAAAGAUCACUGGACCAUGUACAAGAGGCUGCUAAAAUCUGUUCAUCACAACCCUUCUAAGUUUGGGAUUCAAGAAGAUAAAUUAAAGCCAUUUGAAAAACUGCUGUUAAAACUGGAAUGCCAGUUACUUGAUGGAAUGAUAUUUCAGGCCUGUAUAGAGCAACAAUUUGAUUGUUUAAAUGGUGGAGUGUCUGUGUCAAAGAACGGCACAUUUGCUGAAGAAUUUGCUCAUACUCUUCGCACAUAUUUCGCAAACGUUGAAGCCAAACUUGGUGAACCUUCAGAAAUUGACCAGAGAGAUAAAUAUGUGGGCAUCUGUGGCUUAUUUGUACUGCAUUUUCAGAUUUUUCGGACUGUAGACAAGAAAUUUUAUAAGUCAUUGUUGGAUGUCUGUAAGAAGGUACCAGCCAUUACAUUAACAGCUAACAUUGUCUGGUUUGCUGACAAUUUUCUGAUUCAGAAGAUUCCAGCUGCUGCCAAACUACUGGACAAGAAAAGUAUUCAUACAGUUAAAACACAAAGGGAGAACUUUCUACAGCAGAGGGCACAGUCACUUACCAAAGAUAUGCAGUCAUAUUAUGUUUUCGUGAGCUCGUGGAUGACAAAAAUGGAAUCUAUCUUGUCCAAGGAGCAGUGCAGAACAAAGUUUUCUGAAGAACUUUCUAACCGCUGCAAUGUCUUCAUCCAGGGUUUUCUUUAUGCAUACAGUCUUAGCACCACUGUUAAAACAACAAUGAAUCUUUACAUGUCAAUGCAAAAACCUAUGACCAAAACCUCAGUAAAAGCCUUGUGCAGACUUGUGGAGCUUCUGAAGGCAAUAGAACAUAUGUUUUACCGAAGAAGCAUGGUUGUGGCAGACUCUGUGACACACAUCACUCAGCAUCUGCAGUAUCAGGCUCUUCACUCUAUCUCUGUGGCCAAGAAAAGGGUGAUUUCUGAUAAAAAGUACAGUGAGCAGCGCCUGGAUGUCCUCUCUGCUUUGGUGUUGGCUGAGAACACCCUCAAUGGGCCAAGCACAAAACAGAGGCGACUGAUUGUUUCCCUUGCACUGAGUGUGGGAACACAGAUGAAAACAUUUAAAGAUGAAGAACUUAUUCCCCUUCAAUUAGUUCUGAAAAAACUGGACUUGAUCAGUGAACUUAUAGAGAGAGUUCGAACACAGUGCGACUGUUGUUUCUUAUACUGGCAUCGAGCUGUCUUUCCAAUCUAUUUAGAUGAUGUCUAUGAAAAUGCAGUGGAUUCUGCUAGACUACAUUAUAUGUUUAGUGCACUACGGGACUGUGUACCUGCUAUGAUGCAUGCAAGACACUUGGAAUCUUAUGAGGUGCUUCUGGAAUGCUAUGACAAAGAAAUCAUGGAAGUGCUCAGUGAGCACUUGCUGGACAAAUUGUGUAAAGAGAUAGAAAAGGACCUGCGCUUAUCAGUUCACACUCAUCUGAAGCUAGAUGACAGAAACCCCUUCAGAGUUGGCAUGAAGGACCUGGCUCACUUCUUCUUUCUGAACCCAAUACGUUUUUUCAAUCGGUUCAUUGACAUAAAAGCUUAUGUAACUCAUUAUUUGGACAAGACCUUCUACAACUUAACAACCGUAGCCCUUCAUGACUGGGCCACCUACAGCGAGAUGAGAAACUUGGCAACCCAGCGCUAUGGUUUAAGUAUGACUGAGGCUCACCUUCCCAGCCAGACUCUGGAGCAGGGUCUGGAUGUUUUGGAAAUCAUGAGAAAUAUUCAUGUUUUUGUAUCCCGCUACCUCUACAAUCUGAAUAAUCAGAUCUUCAUUGAAAGAACAAGUAAUAACAAACACUUGAACACCAUCAAUAUCCGACACAUUGCUAACUCAAUUCGAACUCAUGGAACAGGAAUCAUGAACACAACAGUAAAUUUCACUUACCAGUUCUUGAGGAAAAAGUUUUACAUUUUUAGCCAGUUCAUGUAUGAUGAACAUAUCAAAUCCAGACUUAUCAAAGACAUAAGGUUCUUCAGGGAAGUCAAGGAUCAAAAUGAUCACAAGUAUCCCUUUGAAAGAGCAGAUAAAUUCAACCGUGGUAUCAGAAAACUUGGAAUAACUCCAGAUGGCCAGAGCUAUCUUGACCAGUUCAGACAACUCAUAAGCCAAAUUGGCAACGCUUUGGGUUAUGUACGAAUGAUAAGAUCUGGUGGACUUCACUGCUGCAGUAGUGCCAUUAGGUUUGUUCCUGAUCUAGAAGAUAUUGUUAACUUUGAAGAGCUGGUGAAAGAAGAAGGACUCUCAGAAGAAACACAAAAAGCAGCAAGGCAGCUGGACUCUGUCCUCAGUGACCUGACCCGGAACUUUGCAGAGGGAACAGAGUACUUCAAAAUGCUGGUGGAUGUGUUUGCCCCCGAGUUCCGCAGCACGAAGAAUAUGCACUUGCGGAACUUCUACAUCAUUGUUCCACCCCUGACCCUCAAUUUUGUGGAGCAUUCAAUCAGUUGCAAGGAGAAGUUAAAUAAGAAGAACAAAAGUGGAGCAGCUUUCACUGAUGAUGGGUUUGCCAUGGGUGUGGCUUACAUUCUGAAGCUUUUGGAUCAGUACCAGGAGUUUGAUUCUCUGCACUGGUUCCAGUCUGUUAGAGAGAAGUACGUGAAGGAAAUAAGAGCAGUAGCUAAGCAACAGAAUGUGCAGUCCACUAAUCAAGAUGAAAAACUACUACAGACUAUGAACCUUACCCACAAGCGACUGGAAGUUUGUUUACAGGAAUUUGAACUCCUAUAUUUCUCACUGAGUAGUGCAAGAAUUUUUUUCAGAGCAGAUAAAACUGCAGCAGAAGAAAGUCAGGAAAAGAAAGAAAAAGAAGAAGAAUCUGGUAAAGCAAGCAAUGGAGAGCUUUCCAACUCUACGCCUGCAGAGCCUGUUGUGAAAUGACAUGGCUGGUCUGAUUGGCAUCCACAGAAGUAAGGAAAUCCAGAGCCAAGACCGAACCACAAUCAGCUCUUUCUUUCAUGACCAGACACUGUGAUGAGUGUCUGUAACUAUUACAUGACCUUACAGUUCAUCAACAUGUUGUGCCUAAUUGCAAGUUUCAGCCUCAAUUCUGUAUUUCCUAGGCUUUGUAGGUCUGUUGAACCGUGUGUUGUUCAUAUAGUCUUACAUGCCUGAUUAUUACCAAUAAUUGCACUGCAGGCUCAGAAGCUGCUGAACACUGUGAGAACUUUUAUUUAGUAUCUGUUCGUGCCUGCAAAUAGAGGUUCUAGAUUGUGCAAUUACUCGGAUUGCUAACUUAAGUAGCUACACUUAACUUAAAACACCACCUUUAUUAAAAUAUACAGUGUGCUUUAAUCGCCCAGAACAUUGUGCUUUAAUCUCCCAGAACAUUAACACCCUUCUAGUUCUUACCAACCAGAAUAAACUACUCCAGUCCGUCCAGCUCAGACAACUACCCUUGAUGGGGGUUUUUUUGGCACUCUUAAACUGUAUUUUUAGACCAAACUUUAAUGUUUGUUUUAAUGGUUCAGAUUGUUCCACCCACUCUUGGGUCAUUGGUUCAAACAAUUCCUGACAUUCUUCUGAUUCACCCUUUCCUGCCAGUCAUUCCAACAUUCAGACAGCAAGGCGGAACGUUUUGUCGCAACUGGAAAGACCAGACUGAUACAAACGUUCCAUUUGCUGGUUCUGAGAACAUGACACACAAGCUUUAUGGACGGUUACAAUCAGCUGGGCUCAUUAAAGUUUUUACUCUUAGUUCAUUAUAACUGCCCUAAAGAAUGCUGCAUUACUUGAUUUAUAUUUUUGCUUUUUUACUUUGAUACAGGGUUUUUUUUAAAAUUUGUGUACACUUUUUUUGACCAAACUGCGCCCGCACUGAACGCUCGGUAGCAUUGCUGAGAUCAGCAUUCUUGCUGCUGCUUCCCAUCCUGCUGUAGUUGCUGUGCACAUCCUUCCACAAUCCCAUCUCUACUGAAGUCACCUAAGUUCGUGGAGUGGUCAAGUGCUGCAUUUCCUUCUUCCACAGCAGUGGCAGAAUCACCCACAGAUGGUGUCCCUUUCCCCAGGAUGGCCUUGCUAGGGAGCUGACACAGCCCACACUCUAGUCUGUACUUGUAUUUUCCCUUCUCCAUUUUCUUUUGGAAAGACAUUAUCUUGCUAAGGUAAGACUUUGCAGUUGAACAUAACGUGAACUGAACACUGCCUUCAUGUAUAGUGGUUAACAAAUUCAUGUGGCUCUGGUGAUGGAAAUUCUAGAGGAAAGACACAGCCUAUUUUUAUAGAUGUCUGUUUAAUCCAGGAGAACUGAAUGUAUACUCUAUGUGGCAAAAAUGUACACAUACACAAACUUGUACAGUGAUAAUAGAGCUAAUACAGGACUGUAGUUUGUAUUUCCUUCUUCCUCUUUGUCAUGUAGCAGCAUAGACAUGCAGAAAGAUUUUUUUCUCAUCUGAAAUCCAAGGUGGGUCCUGGGUUUGGAUGUCACGUGACUGAGUUCCAUUAAGUCCUUUUUUUCUCCCCACAAGGAUAUGUAGGAGGGGCAAAAUUCAUGCUGUGGUGCUACUCUUUCUUUUGCUUUUGGCCUCCUGUUCCAAUUACAGGAACCAAAUGGACCCUAACAUGGAGCUAAAAAAAAAAAAAAUCCCCUAAACUAAACCAAACAUGCUCACCCAGAAAUUCCCAGGGGUGAUAGAAAUGAUGAUGAAUUUUCUGCAGGGACAUAAAACAUGUCUAGGGUUUUUUCCUUUAGGGCAGGGUUGGAACAGGCUAAAGGCCAGGCUCUCACCCCAGCAGAUGGCAGCUGUCACCACUGCCCUCAAGUGUUCAGCCUUGUGCCAAGGCUGCUAGAUGUGCAGCGGCUGCUCUCAGGGGUUGUGGACACCUAGGUCCCUGUCAGCCCUGCCACCAAGGGUUUGCAAGGCCCCAGCAGCUGCAAACUCCUGGUGCUGGAGGGCACAUUCUGCAGGUCCUAAUGCAGCCUGGAACCAGAAAAACAUUUGAGUUGCAUCAGAAGUCCAUCAACAGCUGUUUUCAGCUUCUCAGGUACAAAGGACCAAAUGUAAUACUUAAUGUUUCCUAACUCAUUGUACAAAAGGGUAUUUUGUUACUCCAGUCUCUUUGGUUUGUGAGUAGAGAACAUUAUGUAUGUAAAACUCUGUUAAUAAAUGCAGUUUUGAAAACCUCA